UCGGGAUGAGUUGAGGGCAGGGAGCUGAGUGGGUGGCGGGGGACUGGCUGGUGAGGGGGCGGCCAUGGCCUCCAUCCUGGACGAGUACGAAGAUUCGCUGUCCCGCUCCGCCUCCCUGCAGCAGAGCCGCGCCAGCGUGGGCAUCCCGCACUCCGGGUAUGUGAAUGCUCGGCUGGAGAAGGAAACUCCAAUAUUUAACAAGCAAAGGAUUGAUUUCACUCCUCCAGAGAAAAUUAACAGCCUUGUGGUCUCCUGUAACCAACUCUGUAUGAGCCUUGGCAGAGACACCCUUUUCAGGAUUGAUCUUGGCAAGGCAGAUGAACCUAAUCAGGUAGAGUUGGGACGCAAGGAUGAAGCCAGAGUCUACAAGAUGUUUUUGGACCACACAGGAUCUCAUCUUGUGAUUGCACUGAACACCAGUGAAUGCCUGUAUUUGAACAGAAGUGCUCAGAAGGUGCGGACGCUCUCCCGCUGGAAAGGUCACUUGAUUGAAAGUGUGGGCUGGAACAAGUUUCUGGGUUCAGAGACUAACACUGGUCCUAUCCUGGUGGGGACAGCCCAGGGCCAAAUAUAUGAGGCUGAGAUCUCUGUCAGCGAGGGAAGUCUCUUCAGCACUAAUCUGGACCAGUAUUUCCGACUGGUGUAUACCUUAGAGGAGGAGGCAGGACCGACUCCAGUCUGCUGUCUGGAAAUAGAGCGAGGGCUCGAUGGGAAAUGUUUUAUCAUUGCCACUACUCGUAAGAGACUCUUCCAGUUUGUUGGCAAAGUGCCUGAGGGGGCGGAGCAACAGGGCUUUGGCUUCGUGUUUGGCAUGCAUGCAGACCACUUGCCCAGCUUCCGAGAGUUCCCAGCCAGCUUUGGCUACAGCGAAAUAGCAUUUUACACUCCAAAGCUACGCUCCUCCCCACGCUCCUUUGCCUGGAUGAUGGGAAAUGGGGUCUUGUAUGGUACAUUGGACUAUGGACGGCCUGACUCUAUUCUGAGUGAUGAACGGGUCUGGGAGUAUCCCUCUGAUGUAGAUGUGGCGGCUAACAAGCCAAUCUCCAUAGUGCUCACCCAGUUUCACUUCCUGCUGCUACUGCCUGACAGAGUGAAGGCUGUGUGCACUCUGAAUGGGCAGGUUGUCUUCCAAGACCUGUUCUUGGAGAAGUUUGGCUCGUUGAAGCGCAUGAUCAAAGAUCCCACAGUCGGGCAGAUCUGGAUCUACACGGAGAAAGUUGUAUUCCGCUACCACGUACAACGGGAAUCGAGAGAUGUCUGGAAGAUGUACAUGAACAUUAACAAGUUUGAUCUGGCCAAAGAGUACUGCAAAGACCGUCCUGAGUGCCUGGAUAUUGUGUUGGCAAGAGAGGCAGAACACUCCUUCCAAAACAAGAGGUACCUAGAUAGUGCCAAGUGUUAUGCACUGACCCAGAACUACUUUGAAGAGAUUGCCCUUAAGUUCAUUGAAGCCAAGCAGGAGGAGGCAUUGAUGGAGUUUCUGCUCAAGAAACUGGCCAGCUUAAAGUCCUCUGAAAAGACCCAGACAACUUUGCUGACCACCUGGUUAACAGAGCUCUACUUGAAUCGGCUAGGUGCUCUGGAGGGGAACACCUCGAAAAGGAAUCUCUUUGAGGCAACUCGGGAGAAGUUCUGCAGCUUCCUGAGCAGCCCCAGAAACAAAGAGUGCCUGUUCAAUAACCGAGCGUCCAUCUAUGAGUUGCUAGCAAGCCAUGGGGACACAGAACACAUGGUCUAUUUUUCAGUUAUUAUGCAGGACUAUGAGAGAGUGGUAGCCCAUCACUGCCAGCACGAUGACUAUGAUGAAGCCCUGAACAUCCUUACCAGACACAGGGAUGAGAAGCUCUUUUACAAGUUCUCUCCGGUCCUGAUCCAGCACAUCCCCAAGAAGGUGGUUGAUGCUUGGAUCUCCAUGGGCACGAAACUGGAUGCCAGGAAGCUCAUACCUGCCCUCGUCAACUACAGCCAAAGUGGGAGCACCCAACAGAUCAGUGAAGCUAUUCGAUACAUGGAAUUCUGUGUGUGUGAGCUGGAGGAAACUGAGCAAGCCAUUCACAACUAUCUGUUGUCUCUCUAUGCUUUGUGUCGGCCAGACUCGCUGCUAUCAUAUCUCAAACAAGCAGGAGCCAACCCUAACAGGAUCCACUAUGACCUGAAGUAUGCGCUUCGGUUGUGUGCAGAGCAUGGACACCACCGAGCCUGUGUCCAUGUUUACAAAGUGAUGGAGUUAUAUGAGGAAGCAGUGGAUCUAGCUCUGCAGGUGGACGUGGAUCUAGCAAAGUCAUGUGCAGACCUCCCUGAAGAGGAUGAGGAACUCCGGAAGAAGCUCUGGUUGAAAAUUGCUCGCCACGUGGUCCAGGAAGAGAAGGACGUCAAGAAGGCUAUGGCCUGCCUUUCUAGCUGCAACCUACUAAAGAUUGAAGACGUCCUUCCCUUCUUCCCUGACUUUGUCACCAUCGACCACUUCAAGGAGGCAAUCUGCAACUCUCUGGAGGACUACAACAGGCACAUUGAGGAGCUGAAGAGAGAGAUGGAGGAAGCUACACAGAGUGCCAAGAGAAUCCGGGAGGACAUCCAGGAGAUGAGAAACAAAUAUGGCUCUGUGGAGCCUCAGGAGAAGUGCGCAGCCUGUGACUUUCCACUCCUAAACCGCCCUUUCUACCUUUUCCUUUGCGGCCACAUGUUCCACUAUGACUGUCUGUUCCAGGCAGUUUUUCCAAACCUGCCUGCCUACAAGCAAGCUAAGCUAGAAGACCUUCAGAAGAAGCUGGGAGCCACAAGCCAGCCCUCCAAAGCCCAUCAUCGCCCCAAGGAGACAGAUGCCACCAGCUUGGGGAAGGGACAGCAGAGUCGGGAACAGAUCAAAGCAGACAUUGAUGAUAUUGUAGCAGCUGAAUGCGUGUACUGUGGGGAGCUGAUGAUCCGGUCCAUAGACAAGCCUUUCAUUGACCCACAAAAGUAUGAAGAAGAGAGGCAGAGUUGGCUGUAGGAUCACACAGUUAUUGUUCGAGGCUGCGCAUGAACACAAAACUUUGAGUUAUACGUCAUGUCCACUGUCUGUGAAAUAUGCAUAUUAGGAAUUAGCCUCCAGAAAUCUGAAAACAAAUGGAUUCGAUAGAGCUCUAAGGAGAGAGCAGCUGGUACUGUUAUGUGGAAAGCAAUGAGUUAGUCCUGGAGGACUAUGAGAGAAAUGGUUACGGUUGUCUAAGAACUGGAAGAUUAAUUUCCACAAAUGCCUCAGAACUUCUUCUGGCUUCUCUCUGAAGGUGAGCUUGAGCUUGCCUCUUGAAGCUGCUCUUAUGAGACCCUUUGGCAUGAAGAUAAGAAUACCUCAUUGCCCAGAGAGAACUGGGAACAGAAAAAUGAUUUCAUUCAGUUGGAUUGCUUCCCCAUUUUAUAGUAUUAAUUCAGGUGAAGACUGGGGCGAUGGGAAGAAGCAGUGGGGAGUGCUUGGUGGCAUAGGCUUUCAUUCAUCACUUUCAAAUUAGGAAUUGCUUUUAGUUUGCUUCCUAAUGAGAUUGUUUAGUCAGCUUUACUGACAGAAAUGUAAAAGGAAGGCAAUAGACUUGCGUUUACAUGUGUGUCUACAAACAUCUGUCCUGUUACACGAAUGCAUGGUUCUGUAUAAUAACAUAAAAAUAUGAUUCUUAAGCAGCGCAGUGUCUAAAAAGAUGCAUCUUAAUCCCUGUGUCUGGAAUUUCGGGGUUGUGGUCUUUCCCCAGUUUUCCAACAAGUUUUUUGGUCUGAUCCAUACAGUUGAAUCUUCUGUAGGAUCUCUUCAUUUUGUUUCCAGCCAUUAUACUGUAGUCCAUUCUGAAUACCCAUACUGGGACAUUUUGCCCAAUUACCUGUUUUGGUUCCAGCACCACUGAAGUACAAUACUUGCUAAUGGUAAUUUGAGUAUUACAUAUAAUGAUACUUCACAGGUAGCACCACUGAGUGGGCACUCCAAUGAAAGUCUAGCAAUCAGUAUCCUCAAGGACUGACCACAGCACUUCUCUAUGAGUCAGUGACACCAUUUCAUCUUUCAUCUUGAAGCAGAAACUUGAGAGUCUUUGGCGUCCUUUGCCAAGCAAUCUAACUGUUCCCUUCAUGGCUUAGUUGAGUGCUCCUGUAGGUCAGUGUAUUUCUCCCCAACCCCUCCAGAUGCUGCUCAGCAUUGGAAGAUUUUUUUUUUUUUUUUGGUCCUGUUUUUGACAGGGAGAUCAUUACACUUGAGGUGGAGGAUGAGAUUUUUCUCUAGGACCUUAGUAGGGGUUAGUAGUGGCAUGUGACAUUUAGAUCUGUCAGCACUUCCUCAUGAAGGAACUAAACUUCCCAUGGAGCUUUGGCUGGGACUAAAUCACAAAGAUCAACAAGUGAGGGGCAGCAGUGAGAAUCACGUUUUGUAAAGCGGUGGUGGAUAUUUGUCAUUUUAGUUGAGAGGAAAUUAAAAAAAAAAAAAAAUCUCUCC